UAAUCUCUAUUAUUCUCAUUCUGUUCUCUAUUAUCCCUCCAGUUCCCAACCUCCUCAUUGUAAAGGAUAUGAUCAAACGACUGCAGGAGCUGCGUCAUACUGAGCAGGUGCAAAGAGCAUAUGCUCUCAAUUGUGGAGAAGGUGCCACAGUCAGUUAUGAGAUUCAGAUUCGUGUGCUGCGGGAAUUCGGACUUUCUGAUGCUGCUGCUGAACUUUUGCAGAAUCCUCACAAAUUCUUUCCUGAUGAGCGAUUUGGGGAUGAAAGCCCACUCCUUACCAUGAGACAGUCUGGACGAUGUCGUGUUAACAGCACUCCCACUGCAGAAACCAUGUUCACAGAACUGGACUCUUUUGUGGCCUUCCAUCCACCAUUGCCCCCUCCUCCACCUCCAUACCACCCACCAGCAACUCCUAUUCAUAGCCAGUUCAAAGUGGGCUGGAAACAAAGGGUGCCAAGUCAACAUCCCUCCCGUUCCUUUUCUUACCCGUGUAAUCACUCACUGUUCCACUCCCGAAAUGCUCCCAAAGCUGCCCCGCCUGUCUACUUGCCCAGUGUUAAAGCAGCACCCCCUGAUUGCACUAACACUACAGGUCUGGGGAGACAAACAGUGGCUGCAGCAGCGGCAGUGAUGGCAGCUGAGAAGCAAGUAUGUACUCAGCCCUUGCUAAAUGAACUGAUGCCAGAUAUCGCAAUGGGUGUGUCAGCAAUGUCUUUAAAAGACAGAAGAUUACCAGAGCUCACUGUUGACACAGAAUUAAGCCAGACAGUUACGGAGGUAGGGCCUGCUCCACCCCAGCACAUUUCAUGUAUUCAGAACAGACACAUGCCCACUUCUCGAAAGAAACAUGCAAUAGAGCAAAAACUAGAUGCUCGAGAAAAUCAGCAGGAAUAUCCUGACUUCUGUGACUUCUCCAAUGCUGCAUGCAGACCCUCCACUCCAGCGCCCAACAGGCACAGUCCUUCGCCUUCACAAGGCAUAUAUUUUGGCCCAGAUCUGUAUAGCCACAAUAAGGCAUCACCAAGUGGCUUAAAGUCAGCCUAUCUACCUUCCCAGAUAUCUCCUAAAAAGCAAGAGGAUUCUAGGAGGGAAUACUUGCUCUCCCAAGAUGGGCAUCAACACAGACAAAAGAAUGAGCCAAUACACCUCGAUGUCUUAGAACAACCUCCCCAGCGACUGGACUUGGCACUAGCUACCCAGGAAAAUGCUGUUAAUGGCCCAGUUCAUAUCAGGGGAAGAACAAAAAUGGAAACCGAUCUAACGUAUGGGCUAACCUCCAACAGACCUUCGCUCUCUGCAUACACCUCUGAAGUGCAAGAAAGACCCAGUAGGAGACUGACAGAUGAUGAGCCAUUGGAACAUGGAGCACAGAGAAAUGCAGAUUUGGAAAGGGAAGAUGCAGUAAGCAGAGGAAGGAGGUCUCCAAACAAACCAGACUUCCUGUAUAAAAAGUCUGCCCUAUGA